CAAAUAAUUUGAGUAGGCUGAUGGUGUGAUGGUUAUGGGAUGAGUGGGAAAAAGCAUGGAGAUAAAAGAAAAAUUGAAGCGAUCUCCGAAGAUGACAAAGCCAAAGUUAAAAAAGAGGGGGCCAUACCCAUGAUCGACGAUAAAACUAAAAUGAAAAGGUCGAGUCGGAACGCGAGUGAGAAGCGAAGGAGGGACAAGUUGAACACGUAUAUUAACGAGCUGAGUGCCAUGGUCCCGAGCUGUUCAUCUCCCCACUCCAGUCGCAAGCUUGAUAAGUCGACCAUCCUCAAACUUACUGUUUCUUACAUGAAACUUCACGCCGAUUUGUUGUCACCGUCACCCAACGAAUCUACUGUUAGCUGGAAGCCCGCAUUUUUGUCCAAUGAGGAGUUGGCAACGUUGAUGUUGGAGGCAUUGGACGGGUUCCUGUUUGUGCUGUCGGUAACCGGAAGGGUAUUGUACGUUUCUCAUACGGUAGCGCCACUUCUCGGACAUCUUCAGAACAAUCUGAUUGGCCGCUCUCUCUUCGAUCUUGUUCACGAGAAUGACCGGGCAGUUCUGGAAAACACCCUGAAAACUCACUUUAACUCUGAGAUGGCGGAGAGUAGCUCCAGCUCGGGCAGCAAAGCCAAGGUUUCAUUCAGCAUCAGGAUGUUGCGCGGUGGGAUGAACUCAUAUGAAUUAGUUCACUGUUCGGGAAAUGUCAGGAGAUGGGAGGACGCCAUCAAGAAUCCCAACCAGGACGGAAUGUCGGAGAUCGCUAGUCUCAGUCAGGGUCUCCUGGAGACUGAAGAUAACCCUACUCACUGUCUCGUAGCAGUUGGUAAAAUGGAAGCUCCUAAAAUCAUACGGGACAUAAGCUCUUUAGAUCUGGGGAAGAAUGAAUACCUUUCCAGGCACAGUCUGGAGGCAAAAUAUCUCUACGUUGAUAACAAGGCUCCUUCUAUCAUCGGUUACCUACCCUCUGAGGUCAUCGGCUGCUCCGCUUACGAUUUUUACCAUUUAGAUGACCUGUCCAUUCUUUCUGUGAAUCACAAGAAUCUGAUGAACCACGGGAACAGCGCCACAAUGUUUUACCGUUUCCUGACGAAGGGUCAACAAUGGAUCUGGAUGCAGACCCACGGCUACGUACAAACUAACAAGUGGACAAACAAACCCGAGACGAUUAUCUGCCACAACGUCGUUGUUAGUUACUCGAAAGUGUUGGAGUAUCUCCACGCUCGAGCUCUGGAGUACGGUCCUGCUCUGCCCCCAAUGUCACGUGGUAGCUCCCCGCACGCCAUGCUCAUAAACUCUUUGACUGGGACGAGGAACAAUACCGCCCAGAGGUUACCUGAAGACAGGAUAUCUGAUGUGACACCAGGCAUCCAGAAGGAGGAACCUCCCAGCCCACCUAAUAUAAAUGUUGCUGUAGCUGGUCAGAGUACUAAUAAUAUUGGACACUUUGCCACUCUCCCUCCGAUGCCUGAUAACCUGUACCCUAGACCAGCUAACGCUGCGCCUACAGUCUAUCAUAUUGUAGAGAAUGUGUCGGACGAUGCGAGUCAGACCUCCUCAGUGGGUUACAGUAAGAUGGAUAUAAGUCCUGGUCCGGUACAGGAUCCUGACCACACUAUCAUGCAACAUUCUGAUCAGCAACAACUGCAGCACAUGACCGUCCAUCGGGGCCCGGUCAUCAACAUCCCACAGCAGACCCAGCAGCAAAUGCAACACAUUCCGCAGAUGCACCAAAUUCCAGGACAGCAGAUUCAGCAGGCUCCCAAGCAUCUUGUUCAGCAGUUGUCCCCACAAGACCACCACCAGCAGGUUCUGCAGCAAGCUCAGCAGCAGGCUCAAGCGCAGCAGGCUCAAGCGCAACAGGCUCAAGCGCAGCAGGCUCAACAGGCUCAAGCGCAGCAAGCUCAAGCACAGCAGCAAGCUCAACAGCAAGCGCAGCAGCAAGCUCAGCAGCAGCAGGUGCCACAGCAGCAGCCACAACCUCCACAGCAACAAGUGCGGCACCAUUCACCUUCUGGGCACCUGAAUACGAUCCAGCAGCACACGGUACCUCACCAGGACCAUCACCAGGUGGUGACAUCCGUAUCUCAACAUAUCACCAACAACUCUGUGCCAAACCAGGUGGUUUCGAUGCCCGUCACCACCAACGGACCACAGCACCAAACAGUCCAUCAUCAUGUCCAUCCUACCACCAACGGGCAGAUAAGUCACGGAGUUCAGCAGAUACAUUUGCAUCACCAGCAGCUAGCAGGACAACAUGGGUCUCAGUGUCACACUGUUCAGAGUAACGGACAGAGGCAUCCACCUCCCCAACAACAGCAGCACAGGCAACCAAACCACAUCAUUCAACAGGGCAUCCAACAGCAAGCACAGCAGCAUCCUCAACAACCCAUCCCAAGUUCUAUGGUACAACAUCAAAAUAUAAGCCAACAACAGAACUUGGUCCAGCAGCAGAAUGCAGCUAUCCAGCACGAAUCACCGUCAACUCAGCAGCACUUCUCGCAACCUCCAACACCUGACAAGCUGGUAAACUCUCCCGUUAAUCAUCAUGUUAACGUUGGGACGCCCCACUCUAAUCCUUCAACUCCUCACCAGCUACCCCCUCAACAACCUGCUCCACAGCCACAACAACCAAGACACGCCUCACCUCAAGUUCUCCUGCUGCCCUCUGGACAACACGGCUACAUUCAGGCUAACCAGACUCAGCUUCGUCCGACCAUUAAUCUCCAGGGUAUGCAGUAUAUCAACGUGAACAGCGGAACAGUGGAGUCCAACGCUGCACCUCAAGCAGUCAUGUCACCUGGAACCCCUGCUACUCCCCAUCCCACAACCCAACAAGAGUUCACAUCACCAAACAUCAAACCGAGCGGCGGCAACAUAGCACAGUAUACCACCUCCCAGCUGACACCCCAGCAGUACAGCAUCAUCCCCACCUCAGGAGGUAUCCAGGUCCCUAACAGCAACGUUAUCAUGAUCCAGCCUGUGCAGGCUGCUGGAGGUGGUACUCAGUACCAGUUAGCGCAACUAUAUCCUCUGAUUCACGCGGUCAAUCCCUCUAACGGAACUAUCGCAGCGAUCCCUCAAAAACUUCAACCGAGUAACGGAACUCACAUCGAUCUUACGAAAACACCCAACACCACGUGUUAUAACGUGCCGGUGCCGACUGUGAAACGGGAACAAACGCGGUGCAUGAAGUCCCCCAACACGCCUCUAAAUGUAACCCAGUGUGGAGCCGAUAAGACAGUGUUCAGGAGUCCAAGUGAUGACUAUACUUUAUCUUCUGCUGGUUCGGAUCACAACAUGUUGGAUCACUUCGAUCCUGAGGUCAUAUCCAUGAUUCUCAACAACACGAACAUAGACAAUUUCAAUCUCGACAACCAGUGGAAUCAUAAUUUAUUUGACAAUCCGCCCAACAGUACUCACAGCACCUCCUCCAACCCGAGCCCAAUAUCGGCCCAUUCGCCCGGCACCUGAGCCCCGUGUGUCCGCAGCUCCGGACAAUGCUUGUCAGAUUUCUCGAAUCGUCUUCAGCGGGUAUAACAACGGGUCACGAUACUGCUCGCGCGGGGGCAAUCCGCACGGCGCGGCGCGACCAUGUCGUGCUCAGGCGGGGCCGUGUUUUGCUACUCUAGAGAAAAUAUAUCAGGUCCAAGGUUUCGCGUUUGCUCUGGUCUCCGGCGGUUAUAUUAUCAUUGAAGUAUCAGUCAAUUGUCAGGUCUCGCUGCAGGUCUCGAGCCUGCUCUCGACACUCAUCAUUGUAUGUGGAAUUUCCAGAGGGUUGAAUUGUAUCCCCCAAUAGAUUUGAGAUCUGCGGAUGUGAUCGUGUCGAAAUAUAUCUGCGACGGUACUUUGAACACUUGAUAUAUACUUAUUGUUUACUAGGGUUUAAUGAUUACAGGAACUCCGUGCCUCCUCACAUAUGUUUAUGUUUUAUACAAAGGACCGCCUACAAACAACUAGGAAGAGUUUUUGCGAUAUGUUGUCGCGGAAAUAAGCUCCAAACGCGUUGUGCCCUGUUUAAUUUUGUAAUUUAAAAGCGGAGCUAUAAUUAUAGUAAAUCACUAAUCGCAGUUCAUGAAGGGUUAAGUUAUAUAAAGAUGAAUUAGUCCUUGUGCUCCCGACUUAAGUUUAACAUUAACAAUUUAAUCUGAAGUUUCUCGGCUGGACGAUUUUCUUUAGAUUUAAAAUGAUGAUUCUUUUAUUUUGGAGAAGUAUUUUAUUAUCUGUAAAACGUAUGAUCGAUGUGGGACCUAGUCGGGUUGAUACUAGAGAUGAGCAUUAAAGCCACUAAAAGCAUAUUCUAACUCUGGAAUACUGCUACCAUAACGGCUAACUUAACCGCAUCUAAUCUCCACCAUCAAACUUUCAAAUUUGAUUAAAAUUAAGAUCUCAUUUAGACCUAAUCGUAAUACUCGUACCUUAAGAAAUUUUAUCGCACACUGCACUGCCGGUUCAUCAAACAGAGGUUUUCAUAUUUGAAUGCCUUUGAUCUGCAAUUAUCCUCCAAUUAACUGCAACGCUCAUUCCCCAGGUUCCACAUUGUAGCUGUAUCAUUGUAGUGAUUCAUGUGUUUUUAACCUCCUUGUAAAUACGACUAUGUGUGCAUUACUAUACUCUUUCACCCAAGUUAAGCACCCUACCGAUGGUAUGAGUCACUGUCAUACAUACGUGACUAAUUGUUUAACUUAAAACUGACUGUACUUAGCCAUAUUGUAUUUGCAUUAAACAAAGAUUUUUAGCAUUUCUCAUAUAAUUAAACAUCCAUGCCUCCGACGUCACAUUUGGCUUGCUUUAGCUCCUUCAAAUUUAAUUCCGAUAUUUUGAAUUGUUAAUCUUUCAGUUGUGUUUUCAUGCGAUAAAAUGCAAAAACUAACGAAGGUGCGAUAUUUUAUUGGCCAGGGGCAAAUUCGAAGUCCACUUUGACGAUUUACCGUUUCUUAACGAUUACCGAUAAAGGCGUUUAUGCAGCGACUUAGUGCAUCGAUUUUUAAUGAGUCAUAUUUACUAUAUUCGUGAUUUCCAGCGUGGCAUGGCAAAAGAAUAAUUUCGUCGCAAAUUACCUACAAUUCCAUUAUUAGGAAACCUCGACUAGUUGAUGAAUGCCAUGUCACGUUUGGAUUUUUAAAAGUGUAGAAAUUUUAAUAGAAAUUGGAUUUAUUAAAUUAUAUAGUACGCC